AUGGUCUCUGAUAAAGCCUCGCCUGUAAGCUCCAAGAAGCACAGCAGAGAUGACGCUGAUGACGAGCAAAUCGAACUAGCGAUUGAAGCGAACUCCACAGCCACUAACACGGCCUCCACGGAUGCUGUUGACUACAAGGAGAAUUUCAACGAGCUUAACCUCUCCGAGGCCACAAAGAAGGCUGUCGAAAAGCUCGGGUUCACGAAGAUGACACAGGUACAAUCCCGCACGAUUCCACCACUGCUGGCUGGCCGCGACGUGUUGGGCGCUGCGAAAACCGGCUCAGGCAAGACCUUGGCCUUUUUGCUGCCUGCGAUCGAAAUGCUGCACUCUCUUAAGUUCAAGCCUAGAAACGGGACUGGUGUCGUUGUUAUUACGCCCACGCGUGAACUGGCGCUGCAGAUCUUCGGUGUUGCCAAGCAACUGCUCGAGUUUCACUCCCAAACCUUUGGUAUUGUCAUUGGCGGUGCCAACCGUCGUCAAGAGGCUGACAAGCUCGCCAAGGGUGUUAACUUGCUUGUUGCUACACCAGGAAGACUUCUGGACCAUCUUCAAAACACUCAGGGGUUCGUGUUUACCAAUCUUCGCGCUUUGAUUAUUGACGAAGCAGACCGUAUUCUUGAGAUCGGUUUCGAAGACGAGAUGCGUCAAAUUGUCAAAAUCUUGCCCAACAAGGAUCGUCAAACCAUGCUUUUCUCGGCGACUCAGACUACGAAGGUCGAGGACCUUGCCCGUAUUUCUCUCAGACCCGGCCCGCUAUUUAUUAACGUCGACUCCGAAAAGGAGACCUCUACUGUGGACGGUCUUGAACAAGGCUACGUGGUAUGCGACAGCGAUAAGCGUUUCUUGCUAUUAUUCUCGUUUCUCAAACGUAACCAGAAGAAGAAGGUUAUCGUUUUCCUGUCGUCCUGUAACUCUGUCAAAUAUUAUGCUGAGCUACUCAACUAUAUUGACCUACCCGUUCUAGAACUCCACGGAAAACAAAAGCAGCAAAAGCGUACAAACACUUUCUUCGAGUUCUGCAACGCCGAAAGAGGCACACUCGUGUGUACCGAUGUGGCCGCCAGAGGUCUCGAUAUACCUGCUGUCGACUGGAUUAUCCAGUUUGAUCCUCCCGAUGAUCCAAGAGACUACAUUCACAGAGUAGGCAGAACCGCCAGAGGCUCGAAGGGUAAGGGUAAGUCAUUGAUGUUUUUAACUCCCAAUGAACUUGGAUUCCUGCGUUAUUUGAAAGCCGCUAAAGUUCCUUUAAAUGAGUUUGAGUUUCCAGUCAGCAAGAUCGCCAACGUGCAAUCCCAACUCGAAAAAUUGAUUAGAUCUAAUUACCAUCUCCAUCAGAUUGCCAAAGAUGGUUACAGGUCAUAUUUACAAGCAUACGCAUCUCACGCUUUGAAAACUGUAUAUCAAAUUGACAAGUUGGAUUUGACUAAGGUUGCCAAGUCAUACGGUUUCCCAGUUCCUCCAAAGGUCAAUAUCACCAUCGGCGCCUCUGGUAAGACACCGGAUCCUAAGAAGCGGAAAUUUAGAAACUGA